CACCAGCUACAUUCCAACGGUGUAUGAUGAGUAUUUUCUCCGACAUGGUAGAGAAAUUUUUAGAAGUUUUCAUGGAUGAUUUUUCUGUAUUUGGAACCAAUUUUGAGGAAUGUCUACACCAUUUGACACUUGUGGUAGAACGCUGCAAACAGAAAAACUUAGUUCUUAACUGGGAGAAGUGUCAUUUCAUGGUAGAAUCAGGUAUUGUUUUAGGACACAUUGUGUCACAAAGGGGAAUUGAGGUGGAUAAGGCCAAAGUAGAAUUAAUUGCUAAAUUGCCACCUCCCAAAACUGUUAGGGAAGUCAGAUCCUUUUUAGGGCAUGCGGGUUUUUACCGCCGCUUUAUCAAGGAUUUCAGUAAAUUGUCGAAACCCUUAUGCGAUUUGUUGGCGAAAGAUGCUACUUUUAAUUUUUUGCCAAUUUGUAUAACUGCUUUCGAAAGACUAAAGUCUGAACUAACUUCAGCACCCAUCAUAAGGAGUCCUGAUUGGAGUCGUCCUUUUGAAAUCAUGUGUGAUGCAUCUGAUUAUGCCAUAGGUGCUGUCUUAGGUCAGCGAGUAGAGAAGCUUCCCCAUGUUAUUCAUUAUGCAAAACAAAUGCCCAGCUCUUGGACCAAACAAGAGAAAUUUCGCUUCCUAGCUCGUGUAAAAUGGUAUUUUUGGGAUGAACCAUACCUGUUCAAAUACUGUCCUGAUCAAAUCAUCAGACGAUGCAUCCCUGAACACGAUCAAAGGAAUGUCCUUUUCUUUUCAUGUGACCGAUGUCAAAGACUAGGAAAAAUUUCAAGAAAAAAUGAGAUGCCCCUAAACCCAAUCUUAAUUAUAGAAAUCUUUGAUGUUUGGGGUAUUGAUUUUAUGGGUCCUUUUCCUAUGUCAUUUGGGCACCAGUACAUACUCCUAGCUGUUGACUAUGUAUCUAAGUGGAUUGAGGCUAUCGCGUGUAAGACCAAUGAUCACAAAGUAGUGAUCAAGUUUCUUAAGGAGUCUGUCUUCGCUCGCUUUGGCACACCUCGUGCUAUCAUUAGUGAUGGGGGGAAACAUUUUUGCAAUAGAAUUUUUAAAACCCUUGCUAGGAAGUACAACAUCACCCAUAAGGUCGGUACACCAUAUCAUCCACAAACGAGUGGACAAGUUGAGAUUUCCAACAGAGAAAUCAAGACCAUCCUUGAGAAAACUGUCAAUCCAUCUCGAAAGGAUUGGUCCCUUAGGUUAACAGAUGCAUUGUGGGCAUAUCGUACGGCCUACAAAACACCAAUUGGAAUGUCCCCAUACAGGAUUGUCUAUGGCAAGGCUUGCCAUUUACCUGUCGAGUUAGAACACAAGGCCUAUUGGGCAAUCAAACGCUUAAAUUUCGAUCUCGACAAGGCGGGAGAACAUAGAAAGCUUCAGCUCGACGAGCUUGAAGAAAUUAGGAACGAUGCUUACGAGUGUGUUAAGAAGUACAAGGAUCGCAUGAAAGUCAUGCAUGAUAAAAUGAUUACUCGUAAAGAGUUUUACCAAGGACAAAAAGUUCUCUUAUAUGAUUCUCGAUUACAUCUAUUCCCUGGAAAACUUAAAUUCCGCUGGACUGGCCCAUACACAGUAGAGAAAGUACACCCGCAUGGUGCAGUAGUAAUAUGCAAUACUAAAGAUGGUAGGUCAUUUCAAGUUAAUGGACAUCGUUUAAAACCAUACCUUGAAAUAAAAGCCGAACUGCAAGAAUUGAGGCAACUGACAGCUAAUCAACAGAUGAGAAUUACUGAAAUUGAAAAACACUUGAAAGAACAAGAAAAUUCUGUUCAAGGCUCUAUACAAGAACUGAAAGAAGAACACACUCAGCUUACUGGCUUUAUCUCUGCUCUAAACAGCAAGAUUGAGAAGUUGAUGAAAGAGCAAAAAGAAGAUCAGUCUGGAUCUUCAUCUUCAAAAUCUUAA